UCUGUCUCCCUCUCUAUCUGUCCCGGAGCACUUACGAACUGCUUUUGUAGCUGCAUCACCUCUUAGGCAGCUGCCUUUCUGUCUUUCCAUCUCUUUCACUUCUUUUCUGUCUUACCCUGUCCCCUGACUUUUGUUGCCAAAAUGUAUCGGAACCCGUGGAUCUCGAAUUACCUGACUCAUGUCAAGUUUUGCAGCCAAGGACUUGGGAGUGAGACCCCCAUUAAACUAAGCAACCCCAGAUUGCUACAGAAGAGAGCUUUGAGCUUCCAGAAAGAAUUCUCCUUCGACGAAAAAGACGAGCCAGCCAAAAGCACCAAGGAUAUAGAUGUUAGUCUCUUGGCCAGUCUCCCUAAAGUCUCUGAAUUGAGGAAACGAUUUGAAGGCAUUACCACAAGCGCAAGUGACUGGGAAAUGAACAGAAAGGAGCGAAUUGCUCGUCGGUUGGAGGGCAUAGAGGCCGAGGUGCAUCCGUCUCUGCUGCCUAGCUUGGUGGCCAACCGGCUUCUGGAGGAGGACACCCCACGAUACACUAGGGCCUCGGAUCCCUGCGAGCCCUUUGGUGUUACAGUCCAGCGGUAUGGCAUGGAGGGAUUUGAAGGCCCAGAAAUGCAGCUGACGGCUCCAGAGCGACAGUCCAGAGCUCGAUGCAGAUAUGACCCUCAGUCCUCCAUUCACACACAGCCUGUCUACACCUCGGGCUCCACCACCAGUGCCCCCGAGCUGGAGUCCAAGGCCGAACGCAUCGCCCGCUACAAGGCGGAGAGGCGCCGGCAGCUGGCCGAGCGCUACGGCAUCUCUUUAGAAAAGGAGCCGGACUCGGACCAACCCCCCCGCUACACUCUCACCCAGAAGGAGUCGGAAGGCUCCGAGAGGCGGAUCCGAGGGGAGUCAGUGGGGCAGCAAGGGCGGGAUAUCACCCUGAGUUCUUACACCAACACCUCUGCCACUAGCCCAAGGGCGGGACGCACGGCAUCACAGCCCGGCCACCCCGACCCGGGUUACGAGCUGGGUCGACCCAGGGUGGACUCGUUCUCAGAGAGGGAGAGGCUGAUGAACCUGGAGAAUCAACGUAGGGCUGCGCCUCCUGAGCCUCUGUCCUCUUCCUCGUACAUGGAUGUGACAUCAGUGUCCUCACCUGCCAGGGUGCCCACCAAGGACUCUUCAGUCACAGGGAGGCCAACCAGUUCACCCAAACUGAGCAGGCACCCUUCGCUCUCCUCACCUAAACAUGGGGUGUCUCCUGGGGACCUAUUCAUCGAGCAGCAGGCCCAUCACAUCCUCAGCAGACAGGGUGCAAGGGCGAAAGUGAACACUGAUUGGUUCCUCCAGACUGAUGCUGAGGGCGACACCCAUUCCCUCAUCAACUGGCCCUCGAGAAUCCGAGUUAGGGAGAGGCUUGCCAGAGAGGAGGGCCACCAGAGAAGCCCGGAGCUAGGAAAUGUUACAGACGCGCCGGUGUACCGCAGACAAUUCCAGGACCAGAACUCUAAACGAUACCACACAGACCCACCAGGCCCCCAGCAGGCUUACUCCCAUCCCCACCAAAACGCCCAGGCUCAGCUCGCCCGACCUGGGCCACAGGGAGGACAAGAAGUUGGCGGUUACCCCAGUUAUCUGUCCAUGGCCUCUGGUCCCACAUCCAGAGCUGGGCCGCAGCAGCAACAACAGCCCCAGGAGGAAGAGACUGGGGAGUCAGAGGACGUGAAGACAGAGGGCCUUCUAAAGAGCAGGAAGGCAGUGCUGCCCUCUGAAAUCCGCCGCAGGGAGAGGAGCACUGAGGACCCACGGAGAGGAAGAGGGGAAGAGGAGCUAGGGAUGUCAAGGGCACGGAGUCUUGCGAGGGAGGCUGAGACAGAGGAUCCUACAAGAGGAGGACACAGAAGCAGUCCCAGGUGGGACGACACAGAGCACCCCUCUUGUCUGCAAGCAUCAGAGAGCAGGCCCAGAGAGCGGCAAAAUGCCAUUUAUAUCCAGAAAGGGGUUGCUGCCACCCACAUCCAGCCCAGAGAGGCACAUGCAGGCCCAGGAAGCUCCACCUCCAGCCUAGCCCUGAGCCGCUCGGUGUGGGAGGCUGGGGAUCCACGAGGGCUUAGUCAGAGGAACCUGCAGUACCAGGCCCAUGACCACCGAGAGGUCAGGGAGGGUGAAGGUCCCAGUAACCGGGAGAGUCACCAGGACAACCGGGUAUCUGUGGCCCAGCUUCGACAUUCCUACAUGGAGAGCACCACCACCCCUCCAACCAGCCGCAGGAAUGAGCUUGAGGUUGAAGGGGACAGGGCACUCGCAGGCUACGGUGCCCCAUGGAGAGGGGAGAGAGACAGGGGGCGCAGGCCCCGACAGUAUAUCUAUCCCGGGGAGAGUAGAAAGACCUCAGAGAGGUUUAGGACGCAGCCCAUCACUUCUGCUGAGCGCCAGGAGACUGAUAGGUCCUGCGUGAGUUCAGAUCUUGCUUCCACUGAAGCUGAUGAAGAGAAGCUAGAUGAACGGGCCAAGCUGAGCGUAGCAGCCAAGCGUUCUCUCUUCAGGGAGCUGGAGAAGAGCAUUGAUGGCGGAGCUCCUAAACCACGAUCCCGGAAUGCAGCGGUGGACAGGAGACUAAGACGGACACAAGACCGAUCCAGAACUCAGCCAGUCACCACUGAGGAAGUAGUAAUAGCUGCCACCGUCCCCACUCACGUGCCACACGCAGUGACUGUUCACACUGCUGGAGCACGCGUCCCUAGUCCCACCCUAGUUUGCAGCACUGUCGCGCCAUACAGCCUGCAGGCGUCCUUGCAGCAGAGGUCCGCCGCCCGGGAGCAGGUGCGGGAGAACCGGCCGGUGCAGGAAACCCAGGAGGUCCAGCGCUCUAAGCCCGUGUCCACAGUGGAGAGAAAAGGCCAAAGUCCGAGUCAGGAUCAAGACGAGCCCGAUCUCUGCACUCUCAGCCUGGCAGAAAAGAUGGCGCUGUUCAACAGACUGGCUCAGCCUCCCAUCAGGGUCACCCGCACCAGGGGGGACACACGCCAGCGCAGGACCAACACUCGCUACCAGACACAACCCAUCACACUGGGAGAUAUGGAGCAGGAGCCUUCAGACAUAGACGUCAGGGAUGAACAGGAGCUGUGGGACAGCCCAGUAGAGCACCUACAACUUCAAAACGGUACAGGCUCUCGGUUGGGACCCCUCCCUACUUCGUCGUCCCCCUCUUCCUCUGCUCUGAGAGGAGGCACUGUCUCCACUGACCAUGCCGGAGACAUCCACAUAACCAGAGCGGCAGCCCGGGUCCAACCCCCGCCCCCCAGCGCUGACAGGUCUCUGCCCCCUCACCACCCAGACGGGCCCCCCUGGAGGUCCCCGGACCCCGCGGACCAUCAGAGGAACCAAAUCCUUCUGCAGGGAGAAGACGGAGCUGACCGGGGACCAGGGAAGAGGAAGCUUCCCUCUCCAGAGGGAGCGGUCAGGCAGGCCGAUCUGCCCCAGCCCCUGACUGGAAGAGAGAGGGGGGAGGAAAGGGAGGAGGAGUGGCUGGCCAGAGGGUGGGGAGACAGAGCCGUGCAGAGCUCAGAGAGCCACAUGCGCCAGGAGAGGCUGGAGGCGUAUCUAAGUGAGGAAGCACACUACCCAGACGACCAGAAGAGCAGGGCCAUCAGUGGAGAGCUGCCGGAGUCCACAGUGGUGACAUCCAGAGCAGCAUCUGGUUCGCCCAGCAGCGUGUGUCAGCCUCCUGCGGCGGACACACACACAGACGGCCUGGUUCAGCCGGAGGAGGAAGACGAGCUGCGCAACAUGAUGAUGGCCAGACACAUGUCCAUCAAAGAGAGAGUGGCCUUGUUGAAGAAGAGCGGCGAGGCCGACUGGAGGAACAGGAUCAAUAAGAAGCAGGAUGUGGUGAAGGUUGCUGUGGGCGACCAGCACGCUCAGCAGUGGGAGCUGGAGCAGAGCUUCAAGAAGAAGGACGAUGAAGCACAGAUGGUGAUCGAUGAAUUUGCUGUGUCCGACCAGCUAUGGGAGCCGGUCUUUCCCUCUACUUUCUCUCCUUCUCCUGAGCCUCCUAUCCACACUCCUUCCUCUGACGAGUCAGCCAGCCAGAGAAUAGCUGAGGCUGAGAUGGAGUGCCAGGGGAUGGAGGCUCACAUGUCCAUCCAGGAGAGGAAAGAGCUGAUAGUAGCCAAAGAGGAGAACUGGAAGACGAAAGGCCACGGAGCCGCCAAUGACUCCACCCAGUUCACUGUGGCUGCACGCAUGGUGAAGAAAGGGUUGGCCUCCGCCUCCGCCCUCCAGGCUCCAGUGUCCUCCAAACCCAAGAACAGCUGCCCUGCAAUCUCCAAACCACAGGAAGAGAUCAAGGCCGUACCAGAUCUGACCCUGGAGUCGGACAUGAAGCUGGAUAAACUGGAGUCAUUCCUAGGCAAGAUCAACAGUAAAGUGUCUGGACUGCCAGAAGCAACCAUCACAGUUACACAGAAGAAGGUAAAGGAAGUGAUGAGCCUCGAAGAUGAAACCUUUUCCAAAUUCUACCGCCACAUGGAGGAGCUCCCCUCCACCACCAACAAGGUGGAGAUAGACGACGACUUUGACGCCAUCUUCGGUCCCCAGGUGCCAAGGCUGACCUCAGAGAUGGUGCAACACAGGCGAGCGGUGCGCCCGACGCGUAACGUCCAAUCAUCUCGGAACCCUCUGAAGAUGCUGGCUGCCAGGGAGGACAUCAGACACGAGUACACAGAGCAGAGGCUCAACAUUGGCCUGCUGGAGAGCAAGAGGAUGAAGGCUGAGAAGAUGAAUAAGAACUCUGGUUUCUCGGAUGUGGCUCUGGCUGGUCUUGCCAGCAAGGAGAACUUCAGCAACAUCAACCUGCGCAGCGUCAACAUCUCGGAGCAGAUGUCCAACAACAGCGCCGUGCCUUACAAGAAGCUCAUGCUCUUACAGGUCAAAGGCCGACGGCACGUGCAGACCAGGCUGGUGGAGCCCCGAGCGUCCUCCCUCAACAGCGGCGAUUGUUUCCUGCUCAUCACGCCACACAACUGCUUUGUCUGGACAGGAGAGUUCGCCAACGUCAUUGAGAAGAACAAGGCUUCAGAGUUGGCCAACUUCAUCCAGAGGAAGAGGGAUUUAGGUUGCCGAGCUAACUAUGUCCAGGUCAUCGAGGAGGCCGUCGGCACACAUAGCCAUGCUGCCAAGGAUUUCUGGAAGAUUCUGGGAGGGCAGUCAAGCUAUCAGUCUGCAGGAACCCCAGAUGAAGACGAGCUGUACGAGGGGGCCAUCGUGGAGACAAACUGUAUUUACCGCCUGAUGGAUGACAAACUGGUCCCAGAUGAUGAUUUUUGGGCCAAGGUGCCCCGGUGUUCUCUGCUCAACCCCAAGGAGGUGUUGGUGUUUGACUUUGGCAGCGAGAUGUACAUAUGGCAUGGGAAGGAAGUGACGCUGACCCAGAGGAAAGUGGCCUUCCAGCUGGCCAAGCACCUGUGGAACGGCACCUUUGACUACACAAACUGCGACAUCAACCCGCUCGACCCGGGAGAGUGCAACCCACUCAUACCAAAGAAAGGUCAGGGCCGACCGGACUGGGCCGUGUUCGGCAGACUGACGCAACACAAUGAAACCACCCUGUUCAAAGAGAAGUUCCUGGACUGGAGCGACUCCAGGAAAACACCAAGUCCCACGAAAAGCAACGACCACGCCGCUGAUCAAAAGGAGCAGUCCACGUCUGAUCACCCCCACGCGUACGACGCCUCCCUGAUGCUGCCCCUCCAUCAGGCGCCCGUCUGCACCAAACUGGACGGGUUCAGUGUGGGCCGGGGCUACGGCCUGGUGGAGGCAGAGGACUGGCGGAGCUACGAGGUCAGCACGCUGGCUGUGGAGCUGUGGCACAUCCUGGAGUUUGACUACAGCCGCCUGCCGCUGCAGAGCAUCGGCCAGUUUCACGAGGGCGACACGUACGUGAUGAAGUGGAAGUACAUGGUCAGCACUGCAGUUGGGAGGAGACAGAAGCCGGAGCAGCAGAAGACGACGGGGGCUGGGAAGGAGAAGUGCUGCUACUUCUUCUGGCAGGGCCGCAACUCCACCGUCAGCGAGAAAGGAACAUCAGCACUGAUGACGGUGGAGCUGGACGAGGAGCGCGGACCACAGGUUCAGGUCCAGCAGGGUAAGGAGCCUCCAUGUUUCCUGCAGUGCUUCAAAGGAGGGAUGGUCAUCCACUCAGGGAAGAGAGAAGAGGAGGAGGAACACUCCCAGGGUGACUGGCGUCUGUACUGUGUGCGAGGGGAGGUGGAGGUGGAGGGCCACCUGCUGGAGGUGGCCUGUCACUGCAGCAGCCUGCGCUCCAGGAUCUCCAUGGUGCUGCUGAGCGCUAGCCAGUCCCUCAUCUACCUGUGGCACGGCUGCAAGGCUCAGACGCAGACACGGGACGUGGCACGCACCGCCGCCAACAAAAUCAAGGAACAUUGUCCUCUGGAAACAGGCCUCCACAGCAGCAGCAAGGUGACCAUCCGGGAAUGUGACGAGGGAUCAGAGCCCACAGGAUUCUGGGAACCCCUCGGGAGGAGGGACCGGAAAGCGUACGACUGCAUGCUGCAAGACCCGGGGAGGUUUAACUUCUCCCCACGUCUGUACCAGUUGAGCAGCAGCUCGGGGGAGUUUGCGGCGGUGGAGUUUCUUUACCCUGCCAGAGAGCCCAGGAAAGUCAACUCUAUGCCUUUCCUGCAGGAGGACCUUUAUGCAGCUUCCCAGCCAGCCCUGUUCCUGGUGGACAACCACCAUGAGGUGUAUCUGUGGCAGGGCUGGUGGCCUCAGGACAGUGAAAGCACCGGCUCAGCCCGAAUCCGCUGGGACUCGGACAGGAAGUGUGCCAUGGAGACUGUGCUCCAGUACUGCAGAGAAAAGAAUGAGAAGAAGCCUCCCAAAGCGUACCUGAUCCACGCUGGUCUGGAACCACUCACCUUCACCAACAUGUUCCCCAGCUGGGAGCACCGAGAGGACAUCGCUGAGAUCACUGAGAGGGAGGCGGAGGUGUGUAACCAGAUUAUCCUGGUAGAGGACGUGUUGGCCAGGCUGUGUAAGACGGCGUACCCACUGGCAGAUGUUCUGGCCCGGCCGCUGCCUGAGGGCGUUGACCCUCUCCGCCUGGAGGUCUACCUGUCUGAUGAGGACUUUGAGGGUGUAGGGGCUUAUGGGAAGAAAGCCCUGGACAUGACCAGAGAGGAGUAUGGGGCGUUGCCCGGCUGGAAGCAGGUGAAGCUGAAGAAAGCCAAGGGACUUUUUUAACAACAGUUGAAACUGAGAGCUUACCAGAAGACACCAGGAUGUUGUUUUUGUCUCCUCUUGGCUUGCCGUCCGGACACAACAGAGGCUCAGGAGACAAACGUGUAUGUAUAAUGCUUGAGUAAAUGAAACCCCAAUUAACAAAACAGAAAGUAGUAUUAAUAUUUAAGUACUGCUGUCAGUACGGCUCACCGGAAGACACUGGACGGUAAAACUGAGAUCAGCUCUCAUAUCGAAGUUUAUGUUGUACGGUUGUUUGGUAAAUUGCAUUGAAACACAUUGGGAGAGGAUUUAAAUCGCUAUUUUUAUUCUCAAUUCUUGUCAUUUUGGCGCAGCUGAGUUUUUAUUUGGCUCUGGGUAAAAUGUUUUUGGGGGGGGCGCCAAAAAAAAAAAUCCCUGGUAGGUGGAUGCACCUCUGAGGGAAUGUGUUAAUAGCUCUUCUUUAAAGUCGCCCUUUUGAAACUUGGCAGUUUCAGAUGACGUCUAUAGGCACGGAGUUGCAGGUCCAACAACUUUAUUGAAUUUAAUGUUAAUGGUUGUAAAUAUGUACUAUACGCAGAACAACCCAGUGCCCUUACAUUGUCAGCCAUGCAGCCAUGUGUUAGAGUGGGAGCAGGUCUGUCAGCCUGUUGAACACACUCCUCAGCAUCUCUCUGCUGUUCUUUGUAUGUCUGUUUGUGCAUUACAAAUAAUUUAUAUUUAUCAAAUUCAUAUAGGAUUUUUUUUUUUUUUUUAAAGCUUCAUGAAUGUUCACGGAGUUAUUGAUAAUGAUUGAAUAAACUAUAGUUAAUGUUGAGGAGGUUUCUAAUGUAUGAUGAUGAAUACUGGAUAUUACAGAAGUGUCUCUUGCUGUACAGUUCACCAGUUGCCAUUUAUAAAUCAGAUGACGCAGCUCUGUUAUUGCAUCUAGUGUCAUUUCUGUUUCAGAUAUAGAAAUAAAAACAGGAUACGGGCUUGAUAAACGGCAAAGCUAAUGAUGAUGAAAUGCGUUUGAUUUUUAAAUCCUACAGUGUAUAGUGCCUUGCUUUUGUGUACAGUUUACAUACAGAUCCUAGUCUGCAUUUCGAAGACUUUUUGUGAUAUAAAGAAAUAUUAGAGAAAUAAACUCUGAAAGUCAGAACA